UGCAGGUGGAGGCGGACGUCCGCUUGUCCGCUUCGUCCGCGCCGCUAAAAAGGCCAAAACGGCGGAGCGGCUGGGCCAUGUAAGCGAGGCGGGCUUAUGGACUGCGUCUACUUGGCCCGCCAGGCCGUCCAUCCCGCCAGGCCGUCCAUCGCUCGUAGAAGCAGAGUAGAUAGGGCCCGCCGCCACGCUGGUCGCCGCCGUCGGGCCGGCGCCUGCUUGCUCGUCUCUGCCUAGCUCGCCGCCUCCCUGCACCUAGCUCGCCGCCUCCCUGCACCUAGCUCCGCCCAUUGCCUGCCCGUAUCCUUCUGCGCCCCCGGGCCCCGGCUCCCUUGCCGUCGCCGCCUCUGGAGAGAUGGGCGCGGAGGUGGUGGAGGGCAAGAAUCCGGUGGAGGAGGGACCGAAUCUAGCAGACAUGGAGGUGCACAAGAAUCCUUCAGAGGAAGAGGACAAAAACAACGACAAAAGAAGUGAACUUGUGCAAGUCAAGAAAGAGCAGUAGUUGGGUAGUUCUCACCUGACCCAGUUGCCUGUUCACAUAGAGGAGCCAGCAAACGCGGGUGUCAGUGCAAUGCUCGACAAGGAACAAAUCCGUCAGCUCACUAUUGCAAAGGAAGACGUGCGAGAGGAGCCAGCAAGCGAGGGUGUUGCAGAGGGAGAGACUGCCUCGAAAAAGCUGCCGUUGAGGAAAAACAAGGACAAGAGAAGUGAACUUGUGCAAGUCAAGAAAGAGAAGCAGUUGGGUAGUUCCCACAAGACCCAGUUGCCUGUUGUAGCAGAGGAGCCAAAGCAAGACAUGAGAGAGGAGCUCAACAAGGAAAAACUCCAUCUGAUGGAUGUUGCAGAGGAAGAGGUUGCCUCGGAAUGGCAUGCCUCCUACUCCGUUCGCUUACGCAAACAUCAUCUUCGACGCAUAUACAAGGGCUCAGUUCUCCUCGACGCCGAAGUGAACCGCCUCCUCCUCUACGACAUUGAUGAAAGUUUCAUUGAUGAAUAUUACCUCAAGGAAGGAGAAAUGAUCUAUCCAGGAGCAACUUUUAGUUGUCCUUGCCACAAGGUUGAGAUUGGUGAGCGCAUUUUUCAAUCUAAAGAAGAUACCCCUUUGCCGACCAACAAUGCAACAAGAACAAAGGAAGAGAGGAGAGAUGAGAAGAAUAGGAAGAGGUUGAAAAGGAAGAGACCUGAUGAGAAUUUGGAGAGAACUAGUAACUUAAAGAAAGUAAAUAAGAAAAUGAUGAGAUCACCUCAAGCAAAAUUGUUGAGAUCUUCAAUAGGCAGGUUUGCAAGAGUGGCGUCGCUAAGGAAGGGAAUAUCCCCUCAAGCACAACAGAGGAAAUCAGAAUCACCUUCAGUACCAAACGUUACUGUACAUUUCCCAUCUCCAAAUCUUCCUCGUGCUAAGGCUAACUCCAGCCGGUUUCGACCACGGAAACUGAAGUCCCGUAUCUGGAAAGAAUUCAUUCCUAUAUAUGAAGAUGGAAAACUUGCGGAAGGUGCAUCUCAGAAGUCUCAGUGAAGAUGGUUAAACUCUUCUUGAGGCGUAUCUGAAAAGUCUCGGUGAAGAUGGUUGAACUCUUCUUGAGCUACAUGGAAAACAUGUCCUCUUUCUAUGAUGUUGACCUGGAUGAAAGCUGUCCUCUGCAUUUGCAAUCUGUGCUACAUGAUGAACAUGUUAUUUCUUUUUUGUUUGUUUAGUUUUGUGGAUGCUGAACAGAAACUUGAGAGAGAGGUUAUGUUCAGCUCGGUUAUGUAAGCAUGCAGAUACGUGUUGUCCAAGUGGCUCGGCGUUAGCCAGUGAUCGUAUCUAGUGUUAACCAUCGUCUUCCGACAGCAUUCAGUAACUGAAUGUGCGGAGUAUCGUCCAGAACCGCGUCGGAUUCUGCUGGCCUGAUUUUAUGUGUACUAAGCUUGUUCAGCUUAGCUCCCAGACUUUGAUAUUGAUCGCUUGAUGGAGGUCUGGCAAUCCAACUGAGAACCAUUUUGUUUGUGGUGAUGGUAUAA